AUGGCGACUGAGGAUAUGCGUGAAAAAAGCCUCAAGCGUGAGGCUGUUUCCCUCUGGGACAUCCCUCCAGACUCCUAUGCAGCGAAAGGGUGUGGAUUCCUGAGCACCACUGCCCAGCUAGUUUUGGUAGCCGUGCUCGGGUCAUUCCAGUUUGGGUACAACAUAUCAGCGCUCAACACCUCCAAGGCGUUCAUUAUCUUGGACUUCGGGUGGUGCAAGGACGCGGCAGGGGGCCAUUACUCUGACUGUGAUAAGGGGCUUGUUUACGGCUCGUUGAUCAACACAGGUGUAUUUCUCGGUGCGUUCGUCGGAUGCCUUCUCGGGGGGCGAAUAACGGAUUUUGGGCGUCGCGCAUCACUGUGUUUCACGCACUGCCUAUGCCUGUUGGGGUGUGUCCUCUCAGCUGCAGCAGAGGGGUUUCCAACGCUGCUGAUAGCCCGCCUGAUUGUCGGAGUAGCCGUGGGGCUGUUCACAGUCUGCGUUCCGAUGUACUGCGCUGAGGUUACCCCAGACUCCAGCCGAGGCUUUUUUGGUACCUUUCAUCAGCUCUACAUUACAAUCGGUAUUUGCGUAGGCACCGUCCUUGGCCUAGCGUUCGGCAACGCCCCGGCAGGUGACCAUGUCUACACCUUGACAGUUUUCCAGCAGGUGUGGUGGCGCGUCAUGUUGGGUUUACCUGCCGCAGUGAGCCUCAUUGCGCUUGGUCUUCUUGUAUGGGUGUACCCGUUUGAGACACCGCACUAUAUGGUUGAGAAGAAACAGAAGGCGAAGGCGACAGCUUUGCUCCGCGAGAUUUACGGUCGUGAAGAUAUCGAUGUAGAGCUCCAGCGGAUUAUCAAUGGACGAUACCAGCAGAAAAUUCAACGCGCUCGGCAGCUCACUGUGUGGAAGGCUGUCGUUCAUCCGACCUACCGUUGGGUCAUUUUCCUGGCGUGCCUCCUCUCCGUCAUGCAGCAGUUCUCUGGUAUUAAUGUGCUUGUGGCAAAUAGCAACAAUCUGUACUCAUCGCUAAAGCUUCCGCAACACGUCAUUACAGGACUGACUGUCGGCGUCACGGCGCUGAAUGUAGUCUUGACCAUCAUCACGAUUCCGCUGGUCGAUCGCCUCGGGCGUCGCACACUGCUGCAAAUAUCUCUUACAGUCACAUUUGUUGCCAUGUGCAUCGCAUUUGUCGCAAAUCUCAUUGAUAAGGAGAGUACCGCUGUGCAGUGGGUGACGGUAGGAUGUGUCUACCUCUUUAUUGUUGGGUUCGCUGUUGGUUACGGGCCAGUGCUGUGGAUCUACCUCCACGAGAUUUUCCCCCCCGAGAUCAAACAGGGAGCGGCUGGACUGGCCUCUGGGCUAAACUGGCUUGCGACUGUAGCUAUUGUCCUGCCUUCUGAUUUCUUGCUGAAGCAGGGUUUCAGCGUGUUUGUUGGGAUAUGCACAGUAGCUUUAGGGAUCACUUUGUUAUUCACAUUUUUCUUUGUGAAGGAGACGAAAGGCCUUUCGAUUGAAGAAUCCCCGUAUUUCAGGGGAAGGAGCCGUGUAUUGGCAGGCCCAACCGAAGUGGGUGGAGAUACGAUUGCAAACCCAUCAGCACCUCUGGCAGCAGAUGAAGGGCCAACUGCGAUUGCUGAUGUCCCAGCAGGUGGCUUGGUUUCGUCUUCGCCGGUGGUGGGUAGUGUACCCGCUGGUGGUGAUAUCGGGCCGGAUGCCGAUGCAGCGAGGGUAACACAGCUUGUUUAG